AUGUCCACCGAUUCGAUCGAGAUCACGCCUGUCGCCGGCCCGCUGAACGCGUCAGUGCGGCCGCCGGGGUCGAAGAGCCUUACCAACCGCGCGUUGGUGUGCGCGGCGCUGGCGGACGGCGAAUCAACGCUCAGCGGCGCGCUGGUUAGCGAUGACACGCAUGUGAUGAUCGAGGGGCUCGGUCGCUUGGGUAUUCCGAUCGAUGUCGCCGACAACGGGACGACGCUCCGAGUCGCCGGCGCGGGGGGUCAGAUCCCGGCGAUCGAAGCCGACCUCUUCAUCGGCAACAGCGGCACCACGGUGCGGUUCCUCACGGCGAUGGUGACCCUCGGCCACGGCGCCUUCCGGCUCGAUGGCGUGCCGCGGAUGCGCGAGCGGCCGAUCGGAGACCUUGUUAAAGCCCUCAACGCGCUCGGCGCGACAGUGCGCUGCGAAUCACCCGGCGGUUGCCCCCCCGUCGAUGUCCACGCCAACGGCCUGCCGGGCGGCGCGGCGAUGGUGCGCGGCGACAUCUCGAGCCAGUUCCUCAGCGGUCUGCUGAUGGCGUGUCCCUGCGCCGACGGCCCGGUGACGCUCGAGAUCGAGGGCGAACUCGUCAGCAAGCCCUACGUCUCGGCGCCCGACGACCUCUCGCGCUUCGAGAUCGAGCCGGUUGGGAGCUAUCAGCCGCGCGACUACGCCAUCGAGCCCGAUGCCUCCGCCGCGAGCUACUUCUGGGCCGCCGCGGCGAUUUGCGGCGGUGAGGUCACGGUCGAUGGCCUCACCCGCAACGCGUUGCAAGGCGACGUGGCGUUCGUCGAUUGCCUCGAGAAGAUGGGCUGUCGCGUCGAACCUCUUGCCGACGGGAUCAAAGUGAUCGGCCCCGCGCCGGGCGAAAAGCUCCGCGGCGCCACUCUCGAUAUGAACGCCAUCAGCGACACGGUGCAGACGCUCGCCGCGGUCGCGCUGUUUGCCGACGGGCCAACCGAAGUGACCGGCGUCGCCCACAACCGUCACAAGGAGACCGACCGCAUCGCCGACCUCGCGACCGAGCUGCGCCGUCUCGGCGCAUCGGUCGAUGAGAAGCCCGACGGGCUCGUGAUCACACCGGGCGAACUGCGGCCCGCCCUGGUCGAGACCUACGACGACCACCGCAUGGCGAUGAGCCUCGCGCUCGUGGGCCUCAAGCAACAGGGUGUCCGCAUCGCAAACCCCAGCUGCACCGCCAAGACGUACCCGAACUAUUUCGAGGACUUAGCACGCGCUGUGCAGCAGUGA